AUGGCACAUCCCCUUGCACCUUGGACAGCAACCGACCGCGAUAAAUACGAAAGGGAGGCCCCAACAUCGUCUUUACACUCCACCUUCGGAAUGGAAUCUGUAUUCACUGAGAGAUCCCAGUUACCCGUCGAACAAGUUGCAAUCAGCAGGAUUCUACAUUCGUAUAUAUACAAUCCAUCAGCCACGACUGCUGGCGAACCACGAGACCUCAACCUUCCUCUAACCUCGUCUUCCGACUCAUAUCGCCGUCCAAAACUAACCUCCGCAACGAUCAACACAGCCUACUCCUUCUACAAAACAUGCUCUCCCUCUCUUUCGUCCUCUCCCUCUCUCACAACUUUCUCCAUCUUACCAACAGCCAAAAGCAACUUCUCCAUCACCGGCGCCAUCCCCUCUAGCAACGGCUGCGGUUCCCUGCGGGCUCCCACAAACAAUCAAACACAGAGAAAACAUUCCAAGGACGAUACUGAGGGCAACGCGGAAAUCCCGACAUUUAGCUUGGAAGGGUUAGGGUUGAGCCGGAACAUGAAGAUGGUGGUGAGAGCGACGAUUGGGGUGAUCGGGACGACGGAGACUUUGUUUCUGAUGUAG